AUGAGCUCUGCCGACACUAUGUACAGAAUGAUGAUUCUGCUAGAAGAAUCGAUAAAUGACGAGGAGAGGAAAGAGCAGGAAGAACUCAGUGGUAAAGAGGUGAAAAAAACGCACGAGUUUGUUGAAGAGCUACUGAUGCCAUUCCAUAUCGAUGAAUUGGAUAUUCUGAAUGUAUGGUUCGAUAAAUUUGACAAAGAGAUCUGCAUAGAAAAUGAAGGCCAUAUCAAGUACGAAAUCACCAGCGAUGGACUCAUCGUUCUGAUACUAGACAAAGAACUAGAGGCUCUGAUAGAAAGGGUCAAACAGUUUGUGGAAGAAAACAGCUCAUAA